AUGCCCCGCGUCCGGCCAGGAAGCGCCCGGCGUCAGGUAUAUUGGUGGUCUCGUGAGCUGACGUCUCUGCGCGAGGCGUGUGUCGCCGCGCGGCACCUGUACGCCAGGCAUCGCAGGCUCCGCAUUCGUCCACCGAAUGCGGCAGCCAUUGAGGCGGAGCUGUACGAGGGAUACAGAGCGGCGAAGACCGCCCUCCGGGAGGCUAUCAUGCGGGCCCGGGAUCGGGCCCGUGAGGAGAUGCUGGAGACUCUCGACAGAGAUCCGUGGGGGCGCCCUUACAAGAUGGUGCGGGAUAAACUCCGCACCUGGGCCCCCCCGCUGACGCAGAGUCUCCGGCCUCAGCUCGUGGAGGACGUGGUGAGCGCUCUGUUUCCUGCGCGAGGGGAACAUCCGCCCCCGCCUAUGGCUCCGCCACCUGCGGUGCCGGAAGUGGACCACCAGGACGACGACGACGGCAUCCCGGAAGGGACCGGGGUAGACCUGAGAGUGGCGGUACGUAGGCUCAAGGCCAGGAAUACCGCCCCAGGACCCGACGGCUUGCCUGGCAAAGCCUGGGUCCUGGCCUCGGAGGCUCUCGGGCCCCGACUGGAGGGGCUCCUAAGCGCAUGCUUGGAGAGAGGCCAAUUCCCGCUUCGUUGGAAGACGGGGAAGCUGGUCCUCAUUCGGAAGCCGGGGCGCCCUGCGGACUCUCCGUCCGCAUACCGGCCCGUGGUACUGCUCGACGAGGUGGGCAAGCUCUUUGAAAGAGUCAUUGCAAACCGCCUCGCCGAGCACCUUGCGGGGACGGGGCCGGAUCUUGCGGAACACCAGUUUGGUUUCCGCAAGAGGCGCUCUACGGUGGACGCCAUGCGCGUGAGAGCCCUCACGACGGGGGAUGCAGUGGCCAGGGGGGGGUUGUUUUGGCGGUGUCUCUCGACAUCGCCAACGCCUUCAACUCCAUGCCCUGGAGCUGCAUUAGGGAGGCACUCCGGUAUCACCGGGUGCCGACCUAUCUCCGUCGUAUAG